AUGGAACAAGAUGGCCUUUUGUCUCAGUGGCCCUUCUGGUUGCAGGACCUGAUCUCUCAAACCUCUCGGCUAGGAGACGGAACUAUGUGGCUGAAUUCUGAAGGGGAACAGUGGACUUCUCUGACAAAGAUAGAAUCAUCUCUGUGUUACUUACUAACUGUAAGAGUCAUACGAGCAAGAAAUAUCCACCAGGCAGAUGUCUUAAGCCAGACUGAUUGCUAUGUGAGCGUGUGGCUGCCAACCGCUUCAAAUGACAAAUUUCAGACUAAAGCCAUCAAGAAUUGCAAAGAUCCAGUCUGGAACGAAACCUUCUACUUCAGGAUCCAGAGUCAGGUCAAGAAUGUGCUGGAGCUGGCGCUCUAUGAUAAGGAUGUCAUUACUCAAGAUGACCAUCUCUUCACAGUGUACUUUGAUAUAGCCAAACUUUCCCUUGGAGAGGAAGUCUUCAUGCACUUCAAGUGUGAUUCACAGAGACAAGAGGAGUUAGAGGUGGGAUUUGCCUUGGAUAAUAUUUCAGGUCCUCCUGAAACCAUCAUUACUAAUGGAGUACUAGUGUCUCGCAAAAUCUGCUGCUUAGAAGUUCAGGUGGUUGAGAAGAAGAAGAAAAAGCAGAAAAAGUCUUUAUCAAAGAAACAAUUCUCCUUUAGAGUGCAAGGCUCUUACGAGGGCACCCAAGACAUUAUACUGGGAUCUGAUCUGGUCUUCAACUCCUCCUCUCCUGCCAAAUUCCACUAUGCAAGAUACAAGCAGCCAACGCUGGAUGUUACACUACCAGGGAAGAAACGACCUCCCUCCUUAUGCUCACGUGUUUAUGAUACAGGCUCUCCAAACGUGGAACUUCAUUCCAUUCCAAGUGGAGAAAACAUGAUCUUAGCAGAGGAUAAAGGAUUUGAUUUAUAUGCAAAGGCAGAAGACUGCCCAGACCACCUUGAUGUGCGUUUAGGGUUUGAUCUCUGCAUGCAGGAACAAGACUUUCUGUGCAAAAGGUGGAAUUACGUUGCUCCUACUCUGAAGAAAGUCCUGCAGCUGCAACAGGAUCUGCUGAACCAUGAGACCCCAGUGGUGGCCAUCAUGACUACAGGAGGAGGGAUGAGGUCCUUAACAGCACUGUAUGGCAGUCUGCGGGGACUCAAGAAACUUGGUGUCUUGGACUGUGCCACGUACCUGACUGGCUUGUCUGGUACUACAUGGACCAUGUCAAACUUGUACAGAGAUGCUGACUGGUCACAAAAGGAUCUCGACAAGCAAAUCAGUGAGGCUCGAAAACAUAUGACAAAAUGCAAAAUAAAUUCCCUUUCCUUGGAGUAUUUGAAGUAUUACAAAAAGCAGCUGUGCCAACGGAAAAGAGAGGGCCGCAGAACAACUUUUAUAGACCUCUGGGGUCUUGUCCUGGAGUCUUUGUUGCAUGAUGGGAAAGACAACCAUAGACUCUCUGAUCAGCAACGGGCCAUUGAUCAUGGUCAGAACCCACUUCCAAUCUAUACUGCAGUCAAUGUCAAGAACAACUAUAGCACUCUGGAUUUCAAAGAAUGGGUGGAGUUCACCCCAUAUGAGGUGGGAUUGCAAAAAUAUGGAGUUUUUGUUCGCACUGAGGAUUUUGGAAGCGAGUUCUUCAUGGGACGAUUGAUGAAGAAGGUCCCUGAAUCCAGGAUCUGCUUCUUGGAAGGCAUGUGGAGUAGUUUGUUUUCAUUCAAUGUGUUGUAUAUCUGGAAUUUGUCCCAUUCGUCAGAAGAUUUCUGGCACAGGUGGACCCGGGACCAAAUUGACAAUAUAGAGGAGGAACCUCUCCUACCACUGAAGCCGCACGAGCUGCAGACUCGCCUGUUCACCCCUCCCGGCCCCCUCAGCAACACUCUUCGUAGUGCUCUCACUGACCGCCUCUGCAUUUCCCAGGAGCACAACUUCCUAAAGGGUUUCCAUAUGCAUAAUGACUACCUGGACAACACGCACUUCUGCAGAUGGAAAGAUACUGUGUUAGACACAUUUCCCAACCAACUGACACAAUCAGAUGAAUUCCUGUCUCUGGUAGAUACUGGAUUUUUCAUCAAUACAAGCAUAAUGCCACUUUUAAAACCAGAGAGAAAGGUGGACGUCAUCCUGCAUUUAAAUUAUAGUGCAGGAUCCCAGAUACAGCCUUUGGACCAGACCUGCAAGUACUGCUCUGAGCAGGGAAUCCUUUUUCCCAGGGUGGACUUGAGUGAAGAAGACAGGAAAAAGCUGAAGGAGUGUUACCUCUUUGAUGGUGCUGAGACUCCAGGAGCACCAAUACUGUUAUUUUUCCCACUAAUUAAUGAUACUUUCCAAAAAUACAAAGCACCAGGUCAGAAACGCUCAGAGUCAGAGAUGGAAGAUGGCAAAGUUGAUCUCUAUGGCUGCUGUUCCCCUUAUUCAACAUAUUCAAUUCAAUACACUGAGAAGGCGUAUGACCGUCUGGUUCAGCUGAGUGAAUACAACAUCCUGAAUAAUGAAGACCUCAUUAUGCAGGCCUUGCGCACAGCAGUGGCACGGAAAAGGCAGAUAAAGAAGUAAUGUCAGACAAGGGGGGGAUGCUUUUAUGUCCCUUAACUUGCAGAGAGACUGAAGCUCUCUUACUGUUAGCCAGCAGGCUGCAAAGGAUUCCUGCUCAACCUUAUUAAAUGGUAACCUCAGAUGAACAAAAAAGAGACUGAAGAGAAACUUUUUUCUCCAAAGAAUUUCACUGCAGUAAUUCAUUGCAAUUCAGCGACAACAGUGGAGUAUGUGUCAUUGUACGGUACAGAGGAUGGGCAGCCACAAAGAAGAAGGUGCUAAGAUGAUAAUAAACAUGGUGCUAGUUGCCUUGAAAAAGAGCUUUAAAUGUUUAAGUUUAAUGUGCUCAGGGCAGACCACAUUAAAUGCGACUUUAUGAACUCGACUUGUGUUUUGCGUUUGCAAGGUGGUGGUGAGACAAACAGCAUGGCACAUUGCAUGCAAAUGCUUAGAGAAAGAAAGGCACAGGCCACAUGGAGAGCAGCAUUGUGGAAAGGGACCUGGGGGUCCUGGUCAACAGGAAGUUGAAUAUGAGUCAGCAGUGCCCUGGCAGCCAGGAGGGCCAACCCUGUCCUGGGAGGCAUCAGGCAAAGCAUUACCAGCCAGUCGAUGGAGGUGAUCGUCCUGCUCUGUUGUGCACUGGGGUGGCUUCACAUUGAGCACUGUGAGCAAUUUUGGAUGACACAAUGUAAGAAAGAUUUGAAGCUAUUAGAAAGUGUCCAAAAGAGGGCUAAAAGAUGGUGAAGGGUCUUGAGGGGAAGCCAUAUGAGAAGUGGUUGAGGUCACUUGGAUUGUUCAGACUAGAGAAGAAGAGAAAAGAGAGGGUCAGGUUAACGUGGAGAAUUUUACCUCUACUUUCCCAACAAAAAGAUGAAGAUAUCCCCAGUGUGCUUGGCUGAGUCGUGUCACUCUGAAGCUUUAAAUAGCAUCAUCAGUCUGGCAGAGGGAGUGGGACAGUGUUUCUGCAAUGACACGCCAGCCAAGGACAAUCGUGCUCUGUGCACCUCUCUGUUUUAGACUACAGGGAAGAAGAAGUGUCAGUGGUUGGGAGGGGUGUCUGGGAAAUGUCUGCCUUGUUCCUGAAAGGGAGCUCUCUGGAUAUAGUUAUGCUUUUAUUUCUGUCCUGCUGACAAGUUGCAGAUAUAACAGUGUGGUUCAUCCAGGGUAGAUUCUCGAAAGAUAUUUUUUGUGGAUUACAAACAGG